GUCUCGCCCUUUAUAAGAGGCUGCAUGCGGCGGUGCAGCUCGGAUCUGCGCGCCAUGGGUGGAGAACUAUCACUGCUUGUGUUUGUUCAUGAUUUUUGAAGGACCUCCACCUUCUCCAUGUUGGACUGAUCACUGACGGUGCCUGACAGCCACAGUCUGCCCCGGGGUGACGGUUACGCACAGGCCGGGGGGCAGCCACCUCUGUGCGCCCGGAGGAGGAGAAGAAGCAGCGGCCACCAUGCUCAACUCCACGGGCGCAAACUGCACCGAGCUGCGGCUGGAGAGCGGCGCCACCUCCGCUGGGAACAUCACCGGGACGACGAACGACACCGACCCGUUUGGACGCAACGAAGAGGUCGCCAAGAUCGAGAUCACCGUGCUGAGCCUCGCGUUUCUGGCGGCGGUGGUCGGGAACGUGAGCGUCCUGCUCGCCAUGUACAAGACCCGGCGGAAACUGUCGCGCAUGCACCUGUUCAUGAAGCACCUGAGCCUCGCGGACCUGGUGGUCGCGUUCUUCCAGGUGCUGCCGCAGCUCUGCUGGGAGAUCACCUUCCGCUUCUACGGGCCGGACUUUCUGUGCCGCAUCGUGAAGCACCUCCAGGUGCUGGGCAUGUUCGCCUCCACCUACAUGAUGGUGAUGAUGACCCUGGACCGCUACAUCGCCAUCUGCCACCCGCUGAAGACGCUCCAGCAGCCGACGCAGCGCGCACACAUCAUGAUCGGCUCCACCUGGGCGUGCAGCCUGGUGCUCAGCAUCCCGCAGUACUUCAUCUUCUCCCUGAGCGAGGUGCGCCCCGGCUCGGCCGUCUACGACUGCUGGGGACACUUCGUGGAGCCGUGGGGUUUACGCGCGUACAUCACCUGGAUCACAGCCGGGAUCUUCCUCGUGCCGGUGGUCGUGCUCAUGCUGUGUUACGGAUUCAUCUGCCGAACCAUCUGGAAGAACCUGAAAUACAAGACCCGGAGGAGGAAGAGCGUGGGAGCCGUGGCCGAAGCCACGAAGAACGGCAUCCUGGGCAGGAGCUCGGUCAGCAGCGUCAGCACCAUCUCCCGCGCCAAAUUACGCACGGUGAAGAUGACUUUCGUGAUCGUGGUGGCGUACGUGGUGUGCUGGGCGCCUUUCUUCACCGUGCAGAUGUGGUCAGUGUGGGAUGAGACCUUCUCCUGGGUCGACUCAGAGAACACCGCCGUGACGCUCUCCGCCCUGCUGGCCAGCCUCAACAGCUGCUGCAACCCCUGGAUCUACAUGAUCUUCAGCGGGCACCUCCUCUCCGACUUCGCCAGCAGCCUGCCGUGUUGCCGUCCCCUGAGGGGCAAGUUCGUCCACCAGGACUCGGACAGCAGCAUUCGCCGGACAACGCUGCUGUCCAGACUCCAGGGUCCGCGCCUCUCGGAGCCGUUCAGAGAUCUCAACCCCGUCCCCAAAAACUGUCCACAAUGCACGACCGUGUCCUGACCAACAGAAACACUUCGUUAAGACGACACGGAAAGCUUGAACCGGUCUUAAUCUGCUGGUUUGUGGCAGUGAUGGAGGCUAUGAGCUCAUCUGAAGGGUGCGGUCAAACGUACAGUUUGUUUUCUUUGGUCCACAGUGGAAAAGUUUACUCACUGGCAACUUUUUGGUGUUGGUUUGUUUAGGUUCACACAGCUGUUCCAGAGACAGGCUGGAGAUUUUUUGGUUUGUGAGACGGAGUCAAAACAAAUCCGACAUUAUCGAGCUGACUGCGCUCUUUGCUGUAAUUUAACUGCUUCAGUGUCAAAUUUGAAAAAUGGCUGAAUACGAGCGUCUGUCCACACUGAGAUUAACUUUGCUUAUACUGUAUAUGUCAACAUACACGUCUUUAUACCCAUCACCAAACUCCGGCACUACGGGCGUGUUUCCUGUAGAUUUAGAGAUUACUGUAAGCGAGUAAACUAACUUUAGGUUAAGGCGGGGACGCACAUUAAGACCGCUGAGGUCGAUUAAGGCUCUAAUUUGGGCGCCGAUGACUGAUAAAGACUGUUUGAGUUUGGGGUUAUGUAAAGAGUUCAGAUGUUGCCAUUCGUUCUGUUUGAUAUUUAAUAUUAGUCAUAUAUUUAAAUUUCUAGCAUUACACACACAUGCACCUAGAUAUUACAGCACAGUCACAACACUUUUAAAAAAAAGGUACUAAUGAUUUUCAUUAUAUUUUUUCGAUUAAUGAUCAAUCGCCUGGUCUCUAAAAUGUCCAAAAGAUUAAAAAAAAAAAAAAAAAAAAAAA